AUGCCUCCCAAAAAGUUAGGCCAGCCAAAGGCACAGCAGCAGAAAACAGACCAAAACAAGCAACAGCAACAGACGAAACGGCAGAAAACCAAUGGCGACUCAGAGCAAAAAGGCAACGAACAGGAGCCACAAUUCAGCGAAGAAGAACAAUCUCAAGAACGCUCCAAAGCCGCCAAGGACUCCCUAGCGGCAAAGAAGAAAGCCCAGCAGCUCCUCCAAGCAGCCGCCGGCGCCGGCGACUCUAAAGAACGCCAGAAACUGCUCAAGCAGGCCCUCGACAAAGAAGUCGAGUCGGAAUCAUUCGGAAAACUGGCCAAAUGGCUCAACUCAGGCGCACUGCAAGGAUUCGCCGCUGGCAGUCUGCCUGGAGUUGGGCUUGGUACUCUGACUGGAACGCUCGUCGGCGGCGUAACGAGCUUGAUCACUGGUGGACUCGGCGCUGGUGUUGGGUAUCUAAAGGGGCCGGCGUACUCUGUGGGCGGAGUUGCGGCCGCAGGGGUUGGCAAGCUGACUGACGGUAUGCUGGAAUGGAAUCCCGAUGCUACGGAGGACCAGAAGAAGGCUGUUGAGGGUAUGGCUGGCCAGAUCAAUGAGCAGGAUAUGCCAGAUGAUGACGAGCUUGAGACGUUUAGUGCAGGCAAGGAGGCUAUAGGCGAUGGCGCCAAAGCAGGCGCGAAGGGCCUGCAGUCGUAUAUGGGUGGAGGGGAGGGAGAAGCGGCGAAAGACACAGCGAAAGACAGUGCUACCGCAGCUAAGGACAAGGCACCUUCAACGAAAGAUGCCAAAGCAACGGCGUCUUCGGCGAGCAAGCAAACCACAUCGACGGGAUCAGGAGACUCAGCGCCUCGACCGAAGCGCAAGCCGCCGAAGCUGGAGAAGAAAUCGGCGUAG